AAAAUGGAAUCCACGCUUAUAGAAUACAGUACUCGACGUGUUAAUUGCACGACUCGAAACUGACUGGUUCUCCAAUUGUUGUCUAUUCGGUGACAGAACACGCUACCCGCGAUUGCUCUUAAAAGAGUCAAAUAAUGGCUCCCAUUUGACGCUUCGAUCAGCCACCAAAAAACAGUUCAGCGUCCUGUAACAGUCACAUGGAGAUCAGAGCGAUCGCGCGCUGCGGAGACAAUCGAUGAAAGGGGACAACAGACAGUUCUGCCACCAAUAGCUGCACACAAACUACGAGGUCUUUGAGAAAAAAUAAAUCAGGCUUAACUCACGCUAAGGACGGCAGACUCCAUGUUAUUGCUAUCACAAAAGAGAUUGAGGUCCAGAUUGGUCCAGAUUGGAGAAGACGAUUAACCCAGUUCCUACUCCACAAUUUCUGUUCAUUGACACUGGUGACGAAGUUUGUAACCAAGAUGGCGUCGGCGCGGUUUCCAUGAACUUUUGAGUUUGUUUACGCAAAUUCACAACUUCACAAGCUAUUUUCUAAUUGUUUGUGAUUCAAACUCUCCUGAAGUGCUACACUAGAAAUGUACAACGCAGUGAAAAGUUUACUUGUCAUAGAAAUAUGACAAAAUUUGCUUCGAGGGAUGUAACAAGAUUAGUGACUUUCCAGCGGAUUGAACAAUAUUGAUCGGCAUGGAUAAAUUUCAUCGCAACAAGACGGCCAUUCGGAUAAAAGUCAUUAGCAUGGGAAAUGCUGAAACAGGAAAGAGUUGUAUUAUCAAAAGGUAUUGUGAAAAGCGUUUUGUGAGCAAGUACAUGACAACAAUAGGAAUUGACUAUGGAGUAACAAAGGUGUCAAUAAAUGACAAAGAACUAAAAGUGAACAUUUUUGACAUGGCUGGACAUCCAGUGUUUUAUGAGGUUCGCAAUGAAUUCUAUAAGGAUACCCAAGGUGCCAUGCUAGUGUAUGACGUUGGAAACAGAGAGAGUUUUGAUGCACUCGAUAGCUGGCUGGAGGAGAUAAAGAAAGAUAUUGGAAGUCCUGCUGACUUUGAGAGCGUUGCAUUUGCUGUCUGUGCUAACAAGAUUGAUAGUAGAAAGAGAGUUGUGGAUGAUACAGAAGGCCAACUGUGGGCAGACAGUCAUGGAUUUCAUUAUUUUGAGACAUCAGCACAGACAGGCGAUGGAAUCAAUGAUAUGUUCCAAACCUUGUUCAAAGCAGUUUUGGCAACGAUAGAAAACGGAGGCAAACCUGUUCAGGUUAAUGCAUCCACUACUCUCGGUUACACCAAGGAACAGGCAGAGGCCAUUCACAGGCUUAAAACAGCCAAGGAUAACUACGAGAGACUCGGUCUGACAACCGGGGCAAGCAGGGAUGACAUAAACCGUGCUUAUCGAAAGCUGGCCAUUCUUAUUCAUCCAGACAAGAGCUUAGCUCCAGGUACAGAGGAGGCGUUCAAAGCCUUAGUAAACGCUCGUUCGGCGCUCUUACAAUCCCACAGAUAGCGCUAACAACGACAACAGUGGCGUCAUUGAUGAGGUCAUCACCGGAAACAGCGACGUUGUAAAUGACGUCACCGAAGAAGGUGGAUACAGAAAAUUGUCGUCAAUGAUGUUAUUACAGAGAAUGUUGUCAUCACUGAUGUUUGUUCCCUCCUUGUACAGUGUAUAUUGACUUCGGGCACCUUGCGGUCACUUUUUUCCACUUUUCAGAUGCAUGCAGGAUCCCUUUUUGGGCGAUUGGUGAGACGAACGCUUGAGUGCAAUUUCAAUUCAAGCGUUUGGUCAGCAUUGGUCUUCCACUGUCACAUAGUUGUUUUCCCAACGAGUUAAUGGAAUGAUAGCAAGUUCUUUUAGAAAAAAUCUGAGCUUUACACGAUAAAAGUCACUGGAAUGUUAUAAAGACUGCUGAAAAAAUCAGUCUCCAUCCGUAUCUUUACUUUGUCUUGUUUUACUCGAGGAAAAGACCGCAACGUUGUCUUUAACUUGUAAAUAAACAAAAGAGUAUUGAUUUUAAUUUAUGUUAAUUUUAGACCCAACUAUUACCUCUCGCGCAAGGUUCCUGUAGUUGGCACCAUCAAUGCUGUUCGGUGUCGGUUUUUACAAGACUUUGGACGUUUUCCAUUCGACCGUAACUUUUGAAAUAGAGAGUAAGUGGUACGGAAGAUUCCGGGAAAGCUUCCAGAAAAUCAUAGAAUUGUUGAUUUUUUGCGACAUGUGAACCAUUAAACGGAAAAUUCGGACAGUUCGGGAGCAAAAUAAAAUGCAAAAGAAAUUUAGACAGUUGAAAAUAAUUGCUUAAAAGCCCCUAAUUAACAAAU